CGAGCAAGAUGGCUAGAAUGGCGCUGCUUCUGCUGGCCGGCGUGCUGCUGCUCUGCUGCGGAUCUGGCCAUACAUUCCAGGAACUGGAGAGUCUCCUGCAGAAGCAAGUGGUGGACUUGCAGCUGUCCAACGAUGAGGUGAAGGCGCUGCGUCCCCUGUACCGGGAGAUGCAGAGUCAGUACGAUUACCUGUACAGCCUGAAGGUCCAGCAGGGCGAUGGGAGCGCCCAGAACGAGAUCAAGGAGCUGGAAUUGGAUGGCAACUACGUGCAGGUCUUUGAGGACUUUCGGCGGGCCUUUGCUAUUUACUUGGACGAGAAACCGCGCGUCGUAUACGACACCAAGCUACCCACAGUGGAGGAGAUAAUGGGUGCACCCAGUCUAGACUUUACUCCAGAUCAGAGGGCGGAAUUUGAGGACCUCAGGGACAUACUGCAGGAUGUGAUUGACGAGGCCCAGCUCGGCAUCGAUGACUUGGUCGCGCGGGUCAUUACGCUGGAGACCAAUCUGCUGAAGCUCAACAAGCCCAAGAUCGUAACGGCUGCCAUAGCCGGACUAGGCUUCAUGUGGAACUACUGGGGUCGUGGCAGCCAGGCGGCCUACUGCAGCUACUCCAUGGUUCCCGAGUUCCGGGUAGCCCUGCAGGCCAUCAACGAUGGCGUCGACUGCUACUCCCACACCAUGGCCCUGAUCCUGAGGAUACAGGAUGAAACAGUGACCGCCGUCAAGGAGGUGAAGCGCAACGUGGGCGGCCUGGUGAAGAUCUACAAGAAGAUCGCCGCCAAGCAGACCACUGUAGGCAAGAUCCUCUCGGGAACAGUGAAUGCCCUCAGUGCGAUUCGAAGGGUCCACGACAUCAUAGCCGUGGGAAUCGAUGUCUACUUAAAGAUCAACUCCCAGCUGCCCGCCGAGGCUCAGCAUUCUGUGCAGUGCGGCGUUAUGUUCGUCGACAGCGUCCCACAGAUGUUGGAAUCGCUGCAGAACCUCACGACAUGCAUCACCUAUGUGGAUCCGGAGACGGUAACCUAUGAGUUCACCCACCCGGAGGAGGAUCGCUACUGGAAUACCGGCGGAGAACCUCCGGAAAUACCAUACGAAAACGACGUGGACGAGGACGAUGACGAUUAUGUUGACAAUAAGGAGUUGGACGAUGACUAUGUGGAUCACAGAUAAGCCUGCGAGGAAUUUCCACCUAUAAUCGGAGUAAUCUACCUCGCGAUAACACUCGACUCUACUCGGCUACGGAUUAAGUGUGUAUAGCUUUUAUUACCGUUAAUCAAUGUGAUUAAAAUACAGUUUUAAAAAUAUAAUAAAUGUAUCUGAAUGUGGGUAGAUUA